GUGCCGUGCAGUUAGAUGCGUCGGAGCGCGCCGGUAGUCCAGACUCCAGACGCCGUCCAGCCGUCCCGUCGGGCAGGGAGCGGGUGGCUGCAGGGCGCGCCCUGCGGGUAAAGAUGUCAGAAGCAGAAAAAGACCUGGUGGCUAAGAUGCUGCGAGCGGUACUGCAGUCAAGCAAAGAUGGUGUGGCUUUCACAAGACUGCAGGAUGAAUAUAAGCAACUCACAGGUGAAGUGAUCCCUCAUAAACAGCUUGGAUUUCCCACCCUUGAGAACUACUUGAAAAGCAUCCCCUCGGUUGUGAGGUGCAGAGUUAAUAAAAAUGGAGAGGUGAUUUGCUUUGCUACUGUAAACAAUGAUACUGCACAUAUUGCUAAAUUAGUAGCUCGCCAGAGAAGUCCUAAGAAGAAACAUGGUGAACAAACAUUGGUAAAUUCGCAAUUACGAUUAAAACGUGCCUUACCAGCCAUGCAAGUAGGAAAACCUAAAGAAACAUUAAGACAACCAGAUUACUCUAACCAGCCAGGAAAGGGGACCUGGAAGACGAAUAGUGUUACAAGAGGAAAAGGAAGCAUGCAAGGAACAAUGGCUGGCUUGGGAAGAGAGGUGCCUUCAGAUUUCAAAGUACAUGCAACAGUUUUCAGUGUACCCAAGGAUACUUCAAUUCGUAAGCCUCUAUCUGCUGCCAUCAAUAGGUCUGAAAAAAAACCGGCUAUGACAUUUCCCCCAAGAUUUCAAAAGGAGCAACAAGUGUAUUUGGCAAGAAAAAGUUCAAGUGAUCAAAAUGUUGUUUGGAGCAAUACCGUGGAUACGCAAAAAUAUGAUUCAUCUGCUCUUCAGUCAAACUACAAUAGUGAGUUGGUGCAGUCGCGACUGAAGGAAAUCUUAUGCAAAUAUACCAAUGGAAUUUGGUUCUCAAAACUGCCACAGUUGUACAGAAAAAUGUUCAAUGAGGAUCUCCAGCAAGAAGUUUUAAAGCAGUUAGAACAUUGGACCCAUGUGUGCACAGUUGAAAAGUCAGGUAGUUUGACAGAACUGCUGCUUUAUCCUCCAAAGAGUGGCCAACAGCAAAGGAAGGUUGUUUUCAACCAGAAAGCAACUGACAAGAAGCAGGAACCAUCAAUUACUAAUAAAACUGGAGCUCAUGGAAGAAAACCAGUUUCAGUUAAAAGCCAAGUGAUAAAGGAUACAGAAGUGAAGCAAAAAGUCAUUCAGCUAUUGCAAAAAUACAGCAGUGGUCUCUGGGCCAACGCACUUCCAAAAUUGUUUGAAGAAACUUACAAGAUGCAGUUCCCUCAGAAUAUCUUGGAUGAUCUUGAUUGUUUGUCUGAUAUUUGUUCUGUGGACUAUGCAGUGUCAGGUGAUCGCAAAAAGGCAAUUCUCUAUGCAAAAACGGUAAAUACUGAUGAGCAAAAUGACAAAGCCAAAGAGACACUUUCUCCUGUGGUGACACCCACCGCAUUGGUGAAACCGGAACCAAAAGAAGUAAUUAAUGAGGAGCACACAGUUGUAGGGGUUCGUUCCAACAAAGCCUGUUUGAACACUGAUCAACUGACAUUAUCUGACAAUGAAGUAACUCAGAUUGCUAAUGAACUCUCAUCAAGUUGCUCGAUGCAGCCUGUUCCUCCCUCACUUCGCAUUCCAGCAGAGCAAUUCCCAUCUGUACUGGUAGUGGAGCUUCAUAAUACUGUUGAAGCUGUUAUCAGGUACAUUGGGCCGGAGUAUUCUGGAGCUCUCGAGCACAUGGAAGACUCCAUGAAAGAACACUACACUUACACAGCUGACCUGAUGCCGUUAAGUUCACUCAAUAUCGGGCAGCUUGUGGCUGUAGGUGCUGAAGAGGACUCCUGGUUAAGAGCGCAGAUUGUUACUGUGGAAGCAGAAAAAGUCAAGGUGUUCUUUGUGGAUCAUGGGUUUAAUGAGAUGGUUGACAAGGCAAAAUUAUACAAAUUAGAUCAAAGAUUUUGCUCCUUGAGCUUUCAGGCCUCAAAAUGCAAACUGGCAGGUCUUGAAGCAUUCUGCAAAGAGCCAUGUGUAUUGGAAUCUUUUGAACUCUUAGCCAGUGGAAAGAUAUUGCUGAUGGAAAUCUUAGAAAGGAGUGAGAUUCCACUUGUUCUUUUGUAUGAUACUUCAGGGGAUGAUGAUUUUAAUAUUAAUGCUGCAUGUCUGAAGGCUUUGUAUGACAAGACACUUGAAGUGAAUUUGAAGGAAAAUGGUGUGUACCUUAAUGUGGUAGUUACCAAUGUCUGUUCAGAUGGGACCAUCUACUGUCAAGUACCUUCGAAGGGUUGGAACCAGCUCAGUGCCUUACUUGAAAAAGUUGAACAAUAUUUCAACUACCGUUGUUUGGGACCAUGCUACGAUAAAGGCUCUUCAUCCUUGCUUGAGCACUACCAGCAACUCACAUCAGAAUAUUUCGUCUCAUUACCUUUUUGUGGUAAGCGUUGUUUAGCACGAUGGCGAGGAAAGUGGGCACGAGUAGAGAUUACCAAUGUACAUGGUGCUCGAGUUGUGGAUAUUAUAUUUUUGGACAUUGGAGUAGUUGCAUCUGUUGCUGUAUCAGAACUAAGGGAAAUUCCACCCCCAUUUCUCAAGGACUCUAUUUCCAUACCACCUCAGGCUAUUAAAUGCUGCUUGGCAGACCUCACAUUUAACAUUGGCAUGUGGACACCUGAUGCAGUAAUGUGGCUUAGGGAUACUGUAUUAAAUUGCUCUGACUGCAGCAUUAAGAUUGUGAAAGUUGAUAAUGCCAGAGGACUAGUUCACAUUUACUUGUUUACUUCAAAAAAUUUCCCGAAUCCUGAACGUAGUAUCAAUCAUAAAAUAACCAAUGGAGAUCUGUGGAAGCAUAGGAAAGACGUUUACCUGGGUGUCGAACGAAGUUCUUCUGGUUUCCCAAGCAAUAAAGGUGAUGCAAACAUUGCAUCAGAAUUUGAACCAAAAGGCCCAGCAAAGGAAUUGGGAAUUGCACCAAUCAAAAUGGUUGCGCCACAAAUUACAAGCAACGCCUUUCCACCUCCUUUCGCUUUGCCACAACCUGGAGAGCACAUGGAUGUCUUCAUUUCAGUAGCUUGUCAUCCAGGCCACUUUGUUUUCCAGCCUUGGCAGGAACUGUAUAAGUUAGAGGUUCUUAUGGAAGAAAUGGUCCUUUAUUACAACAGUAUUGAGUGGCAGACUGUGCCAUUGGAAAAGAACAAAAUAUUUGUUGCUCAGCUGGAUAACAAGUGGUAUCGUGUGCUGCUGAAAGGGAUUCUUACAAAUGGUUUGGUGUCUGUGUAUCAAUUGGAUUAUGGCCGGCAUGAGCUGGUGAGCUGUAGGAAGGUGCAGGCACUGGUGUCACAAUUCCGUCAAUUGCCUUUCCAAGCCAUUACUGCACAAUUGGCAGGUGUGAAAUGUGAACAAUGGUCAGAGGAAGCUUCGAUUGUCUUCCGGAACCAUGUUGAGAGGAAGCCUCUCGUGGCCCAAAUACAGACUGUUCAGGGGAAUGUAAAUUCCUGGGAUCGGAAAGUAGUGACUUACCUGGUGGAUACAUCUCUUCCUGAUACAGAUGUCUGGAUACAUGAUCUGCUGACAGAAUAUCUUGCAGAGCUGUCAAAUAUUGCAUAAUCAUUGAUUACCUUAACACUUUCAAAGUUUAAUUUCUGACCAUUAGCAAUAAUUGAUGUGAGAGCACAACACAUAAUCUAGUUUGCUGUUAUUUACAAAGGGUUCAAAGGAAUUUGAAUGGUACGUUGGUGAUAUAAAAAGAUUUGAAAGCCUCAUGCUUUUACUGUAAAAAUACAUAACAGAAUGAUUUGUUUGUUCUUUGGACUACUGAAGAAAUUUGUUUAUUGGAAAAUGUGCCAUUGGUUUGCCAUCCGCCUUUGCCUUUGGUCGUGUAUUUGACAUGAAGAGUUGCGUAGGAAUAAAGAAACCAAUUAACCAA